GCCCCGGGCAGCGCCCGAAGCCAGGUGUGAUUUGGCCCUCCCGGGGCGCCGUAGGCGGGACGGUCGCGCCUUCCCCGCGCUGUAGUCGCCUGAGGUAACCGCCAGAGAGUUCCAGGAGACGGUCGGAGGCGGGGAGCCAUGGACGGGGUGUCCGGAGAAGACACCUGGAAAUGUCGAGGAUGUGGUGACUAUGUCCCCCCCGCCCAGAGACUGUACAGGACAGUGAGCGAAGUCUGGCACACGUCUUGUUUCCGGUGCUCAGAAUGCCAGGACCCUCUGACCAACUGGUACUACGAGAAGGAUGGGAAGCUUUAUUGCCACAAAGAUUACUGGGGGAAGUUUGGGGAGUUCUGCCACGGCUGCUCGCUGCUCAUGACCGGGCCUGUCAUGGUAGCCGGAGAGUACAAGUAUCACCCAGAAUGCUUUGCCUGCAUGAGCUGCAAGGUGAUCCUUGAAGAUGGAGACGCCUACGCCCUGGUUCAGCAUUCCACUCUGUACUGUGGGAAGUGCUACAAUGAGGUGGUGCUCACGCCCAUGUUCGAGAGGCUGUCCACGGAGUCUGCCCAGGACCAGCUGCCUUACUCCGUCACGCUCAUCUCCAUGCCCGCCACCACCGAAGGCAAGAGGGGCUUCUCCGUGGCCAUUGACAGCGCCCGCUCCGACUACGCCACCACUGUCCAAGUGAACGAGGUCAGCCGGCUGCACAUCAGCCCCGACAUCCGAAAUGCCAUCCACCCUGGGGACCGGAUUCUGGAAAUCAACGGCACCCCGGUCCGAACGCUGCGGGUGGAGGAGGUAGAGGACGUGAUCGCCAGGACCAGCCAGACCCUGCAGCUCUUGAUUGAGCACGACCCCGUGUCCCAGCGCCUGGAUCAUCUGCGGCUAGACUCCCGGCUUUCCCCCCACCUGAAGCCUGUUGGGGCCCCUCAUGCCCGGAACACUCUGGAGGUGAAGGAGAACCUGGAUGGGACGCUGCGGAGGCGCUCUCUCAGGCGCAGCAACAGCAUCUCCAAGUCUCCGGGCCCCUGCUCCCCCAAGGAGCCGCUGCUGCUCAGCCGGGACAUCAGCCGCUCCGAAUCCCUGCGCUGCUCCAGCAGCUGCUCCCAGCAGAUCUUCCGGCCCUGCGACCUGACCCACGGGGAGGUCCUGGGGAAGGGCUUCUUCGGACAGGCCAUCAAGGUGACACACAAGGCCACCGGCAAGGUCAUGGUUAUGAAGGAGUUAAUCCGGUGCGAUGAGGAGACCCAGAAGACCUUCCUAACAGAGGUGAAAGUUAUGAGGAGCCUGGACCAUCCCAACGUACUCAAGUUUAUCGGGGUCCUCUACAAGGACAGGAAGCUGAACCUGCUGACAGAGUACAUCGAGGGGGGCACCCUGAAGGACUUCCUGCGCAGCGUGGACCCAUUUCCCUGGCAACAGAAGGUCACCUUUGCCAAAGGAAUCGCCUCUGGGAUGGCCUAUCUGCAUUCCAUGUGCAUCAUUCACCGGGACCUGAACUCCCACAACUGUCUCAUCAAGCUGGACAAGACUGUCGUGGUGGCCGACUUCGGCCUCUCGAGGCUCAUCGUGGAGGAGAGGAAGAAGCCGUCCUCGGAGAAGGCUUCCACCAAGAAGCGCACCCUGCGCAAGAGUGACCGCAAGAAGCGCUACACGGUGGUGGGGAACCCCUACUGGAUGGCCCCCGAGAUGCUCAACGGGAAAAGCUACGAUGAGACUGUGGAUGUCUUCUCCUUCGGAAUUGUUCUCUGUGAGAUCAUCGGGCAGGUGUACGCCGACCCCGACUGUCUCCCCCGCACACUGGACUUUGGGCUCAACGUGAAGCUUUUCUGGGAGAAGUUUGUUCCCACAGACUGUCCCCCCGCUUUUUUCCCGCUUGCCGCCAUCUGCUGCAAACUGGAGCCUGAGAGCAGACCCCCGUUCUCAAAACUGGAAGAUUCCUUCGAAGCACUUUCCCUGUACCUGGGAGAGCUGGGCAUCCCCCUGCCCUCGGAGCUGGAGGAGCUGGACCACGAGGUGAGCGUGCAGUACGGCCUGAGCCGAGACGCCCUCUCCUAAGCUCCCCCGGCCGCCGGCUGGGGGCCCCGUGCAGGGCACGGCGGGCACAGCACUGCCCGUCCCGGGGCGGGCCCGGCCCCCGCGUGGCCCAGCUGAGGUUUCCUGCGGAUCCGGAGCGCCUUAAACGUGCCCCACGCUACUGCUCGGAGACACACCUCUGGGGCGCAGGGGGCUCUCACCGUCUCCAAAUGCAACCCUCAAGUGCAAGCUGUGAAGAAACGCCCGUGGGAGAGCCUGGGGACUGGCCGGGAACCGCCCCUGGGACCGAGAAGCCUGCCGCCACCUCGAGGGCCUCCCAGCUGCCCCCAGGGAGGUCCCGCCCGGACCCCACCCGUGCCUCUGCUGGGGCGGACUGUGGGGGCAGAGGCGGCGAGCCACGGCCCCUCCCCUCCAGGGACCUCUCGGAUUGGGGGAAGGACUUCUCUCUGCUAGAAUACCCAGGCCUCCCCCGGCCACGGCCCCUUCCCCAGGGCAGGUUCUGCCUCGUAGCCCGGGCGGGGCCGUCGCUAGUAGGCCUGGGAGCCCGGAGCCCGGGUGCACACCUGUGGGUGAGCGCAGUGGCUGCUGUGGACAUGUUCUUCAGUGCCCGGGCGGGUGAGCUUCUCUGCUGAGGGAGGAGACGUCCCCACCUGAAGCUCAGUGAGGGAAAUGAGCCCCCUUAGCCAGGCCCACUCACCAGGGCCCGCCCGGAGGGACACUGACCCGCCGGGGAGACGCUGACCCGCCUGGGGGACACUGACCCGCCCGGGGAGACACUGACCCGCCCGGGGAGACACUGACCCGCCCGAGGGGACGCUGGCCGAGGCCGCUGCGGCCGGCUUCCCUUCUCGGGCGAACCUGCAGGCAGACACUUAACCGAACAAGCUGGGGACCGGGGCUGGGGCCACUGAGAUGGGGCUCGGGGGAGGGGAGGAUGUUCAUCUUCCUGCGUCAGCUCCACCAUCAGAAACGUUUGUGGUCAUCGGCCUGAGGACCCGGCCGCGUCUCCUGACUAAAGUUUACUUUUAACGAGCCGAGGGGGUCGGCCUGAGGCCUCCAGGGACUCCUGGGGGCAGGAUGUGGUGGGCUGGGGUGGGGAGGGCCGUGGGAAAGCCACUCAGGUGGGAGAGGAGACUUCUCUGCGCUCCCCUGGGAGAGCAGGAAGGGUUCUUCGGGCACCUGGGGAGGGACGGCCCCCCCGGCCAGGGGUUGACUUGGGUAAAUAAAGCAAGAAAUGGA